AUGGGCUCCUUGUUGGAACUUUGCGAUCUCGGGGUGUCUUAUGCUCGUCGAUACAACAUGCCGCCGAUGAUGGAGGGGUCCCUGCAAGCCUUAAAGCGGGUCAAUACCGAGGCCAGGCCCCUGGAAGCUUCUGUACGCGCGUACCUAGUGUACAGCACACUCGGAUCCUUAAUUAAUGGAGAACCUGCCGUUGCUCCCGUGUCAAACUCCGCUACCUGUCCCGGAAAUACCAUCACGGUACAUGCGGAGUUUGGUGGCCUCGCCAGCACCUCGUUCACCGGCCCUAGCCAGUACUACCAGUAG